AUGUUUGAAUUCCCCAAAAUAUACUCGUUCCCGCCGUUUUAUACAAAGCAGCAGAACGCCACAAUCCUACAAAACCAACUAGAUGCAUGGACAGAACUCAUCUUGCAAUUCUGCCAAUAUUACAACAUAUACAGCCUACUGAGCCAUGGCAACAUUCUAACCCAACAGGAUCCAUCAACUGAGGUGCCGCCACUCUUCCAAAAUAAGCAAUUGGAGCGAGCUGUGCUGGAUGAAUUUCUCAAUGACAUCUUCAACCAUAUGAUCCACAAGUUGGCUCGUGCAGAGUAUGUGGAUCCUAAGAAACGUGACUCGGGAAUACUAAUCUAUUGGCAGACGCCAGCCGAGUGGGCCAAGCUUCUAUAUGAGUACGUGGAUCGAACCGGACAAUUGGGUACUGUGUUGACCGUUUACGAGCUUACACAGCUGGAUGAGUUGCCCCAGUCCGAGCCAUUGAAGGGUAUCGAUUCCAAUCUUUUUGAGAAGGUUGUGGAUGUGUUGGUCAAGCAGGGGAAGGCACAGGUGCUUCGUGCAAAUGGUGGAAUUGAGGGUGUAAAGAUUGUGUAG